GGACGGGCCUCGUCGCUUUUGUGCCAUCCGGGUCUUUCGCGCGAGCUAUUUAGUCCGUGGCGAAGCUUGGUGGUGGCCGGUACUGUUGAACGCGGCUAGUGGAGGCGCCGCCUUAGCGGCUGGGACUCUCAACCAUGGCGCCCAGAGCAUAAAUGAGGAGAGGCAGACGCUAUUUUGCUGCACCUCUGUGCCAAGGGCUGUUUUCUUUAAAGAGGGUUAAUGAAAUUAAGAUUGAGUUCUCAGGCUAGUGAUACAGAACGAGAUGGACUAGUCCCAGAAAAGACAUCCCCAGAUAAUGAAAAGAAAAAAGAACAGUCAGAUGUAUCUGUUUCUCCUAGAGCCUCAAAACAUCAUUAUUCAAGAUCACGAUCAAGGUCAAGAGAAAGAAAACGAAAGUCGGAUAAUGAAGGAAGAAAACAUAGGAGCCGGAGCAGAAGCAAAGAGGCAAGAAGACAUGAAUCCAAAGAUAAAUCCUCUAAGAAACACAAGUCUGAGGAACAUAACGACAAAGAGCAUUCUUCUGAUAAAGGACGAGAACGACUAAACUCAUCUGAAAAUGGUGAGGACAGACAUAAACGCAAAGAAAGGAAGUCAUCACGAGGGAGAAGUCAUUCAAGAUCUAGGUCCCGCGAAAGGCGCCAUCGUAGUAGAAGCAGAGAGCGGAAGAAGUCUCGGUCCAGAAGCAGAGAGCGAAAGAAGUCUCGGUCCAGAAGCAGGGAAAGAAAGAAGUCUCGGUCCAGAAGCAGGGAAAGAAAACGACGGAUCAGAUCCCGUUCCCGCUCAAGAUCAAGACAUAGGCAUAGGACUAGAAGCAGGAGCAGGACAAGGAGUAGAAGUCGAGAUAGGAAGAAGAGAAUUGAAAAGCCGAGAAGAUUCAGCAGGAGUUUAAGCCGGACUCCUAGUCCACCUCCCUUCAGAGGCAGAAACACAGCAAUGGAUGCACAAGAAGCAUUAGCUCGGAGAUUGGAAAGGGCAAAGAAGUUACAAGAACAGAGAGAAAAGGAAAUGGUUGAAAAACAAAAACAACAAGAAAUUGCUGCAGCCGCCGCAGCCACAGGAGGUUCUGUUCUCAACGUUGCUGCCCUCUUGGCAUCAGGGACACAAGUGACUCCUCAGAUUGCGAUGGCAGCUCAAAUGGCAGCGCUACAAGCAAAAGCAUUGGCAGAAACAGGAAUAGCUGUGCCCAGCUAUUACAACCCAGCAGCUGUGAACCCUAUGAAAUUUGCUGAGCAAGAGAAAAAAAGGAAAAUGCUUUGGCAAGGCAAGAAAGAAGGGGACAAAUCCCAGUCUGCUGAAAUAUGGGAGAAGUUGAAUUUUGGAAACAAGGACCAAAAUGUCAAAUUUAGGAAAUUAAUGGGUAUUAAGAGUGAAGAUGAAGCUGGAUGCAGCUCGGUUGAUGAAGACAGUUAUAAGACAUUGAAGCAACAAGAAGAAGUGUUUCGAAAUCUUGAUGCUCAGUAUGAGAUGGCAAGAUCACAAACCCACACACAGAGAGGGAUGGGUUUGGGUUUCACAUCUUCGAUGAGAGGAAUGGAUGCGGUUUGAGAAAUGUCACGCUUUUCAAGUUUGGGACCUUAAAGACUUGUUCUGAUGUCAGGUCCUUGUUCACCAAACAGCUAGCAUUCUAGCUUGCAUGGGUGUUGCAUUGACUUUAAUUUAUUGAAAAAUAUGAUAUUUUGUAAAUAUCAGAUCAGUGAUACUGGUGUUAGUGUUGUAAUCAGGUUAAACCCACUUCCAUUAAACUUGACAGGACUAUAGAAGGACAAUAUUUUUUAGUUCAUGAAUUCUACUUUUCAAAUAUGUUGAAGCUGCAGGUGGGAUAAAGUCUGUCUCAUACAUAGAUUUUUUUCGUGUUCACUGUCUUGUGUACUUUUGUACUUAACCUUGUACAGUUAUUUUCAUCUCUUGAAAACAUGAAAGAAAUGUUAUGUAGAUGUUCUUUAUAGAAGAUCUGGCCAUUUGGUACAUAAUCCAGCACAAAUAAGCUGGGUGAUGAUGAUAAUAAAAAUGGUUUUCUCAAAACUGGUGUAAAUUUAAGUUAACCUGGCAUUCUUGUUUGAAUUUUAGUUUCUGUAUCAUUUUGCAAUUGCAAUUACAAAACACUGGCUAGAAUUUUUUUUAAAUUAGUUAUGCUAUAGGCAAUACCAUGGUGAGCAAAAAAAUGUAAAAGAAAAAGGAACAAACAAAUUUAUUAAAACACUGUUUUCCUACUAUUAUAAGAGAAUUGGUGUAUAGUAUUUGUUCAUUAUUCCAUGUUAUUCAGGAAAUAGAUUAAUGCAUUUAAGGGAUGUAAGCACUUUUAUUUUAAUAAAGUGCCUUAUAAUAACAA